AUGAGCACACCUGAACCUACUAUUCAGAAUAUUUUGGACUCAAAUACUUUGCGUUGGAUCUUUGUCGGAGGUAAAGGUGGAGUUGGAAAAACGACAUGCAGUUGCAGCAUUGCUGUUCAAAUGGCCAAAGUGCGUGAGCGUGUUCUCAUUUUGAGCACGGAUCCUGCUCAUAACCUUUCGGAUGCGUUUGACCAAAAGUUUUCGAAAAAUCCUACUAAAGUUAGGGGUUUUAAUAAUCUUUUUGCUAUGGAAAUUGAUCCAAAUGUGAACUUAGGAGAGUUCGAAGAGGAUCUGGUUGGUUCAGAAGAAGCAGCAGUUUCCGCUGAUAUACGUAAAACCAUCGGUCACUUGAUGACUUCUUUCCCUGGAGUGGAUGAGUAUAUGUCUUAUACAGAGGUGUUUCGGUUGGUCCGCAAUAUGGAUUAUUCAGUCGUCAUUUUUGAUACUGCUCCUACUGGCCACACACUACGAUUGUUAGCGUUUCCAGAGGCUAUGGAGAAAAGCCUUAGCAAGGUAGUCUCAAUGAAAAAUCAGUUCGCUCCAAUUUUAAACCAAUUAAUGGGUUUAGUCGGAAUGAACAGUACACAAGGUGGUGAUUUAACAAAUGCAAUAGAAACACGUUUACCUAUCGUUAAAGAAAUAACAAAGCAGUUUAAAGAUUCCACUCAGACUACAUUUGUAUGUGUUUGCAUACCCGAAUUCUUAAGCAUGUACGAAACGGAACGCUUAGUUCAAGAACUCACUGCACACGAUAUUGAUGUCCACAAUGUCAUUGUAAAUCAACUAUUGUUCCCAAAUUUAUUAUCAUCAUGUGAUGUCUCAUCUAAGGAUCAUUCGAAUCAACCUCCAUCUAAUUGUCGAAUGUGCUUAGCACGUCAUCGAAUACAAUCGAAAUAUCUGGAACAAAUUUUAGAACUAUAUGAAGACAUGCAUGUCAUACAAUUACCUCAAUUAGAAAAUGAGGUAAGAGGAAUCAAGUCUGUUCAAGAAUUCUCCGAACUUCUUUUAAACCCUUACCGUAGGAAAUAA